AUGCCUCCUUCUAAAAGUGGUUGUAAUAAAGUUUUAGUUUAUUCAUUAUUAUUAUUAUUUAUUUAUUGUGAACAAGCUUCUAGCAUUGGACAAGUUAUGUAUGCUAUCAAUGCUGGAGGGGAUGCACACACCGACAGUUUUGGCAUAAGAUACGAAAGAGAUCCUUUGAUGGGUAAAAUUGGAACUGCUUCCGAUUUCGGCAAGCAAUUGGUUAUAGGUAGAGUGUCUCAAAAUGAUCAAAUAUUGUAUCAAACGGAAAGAUACCAUCAUAGUACGUUUGGAUAUGACAUUCCGAUAGUAGAAGAUGGUGAUUAUGUACUUGUUUUAAAAUUUAGUGAAGUUUAUUUUAAUGCUCCUAAUAUGAAAGUGUUUGACGUUGUUUUAAACGGGGAUCACACCAUUGUCGCAGACUUAGAUAUUUAUGAUAACGUGGGCAGAGGUGUGGCCCAUGAUGAGUAUAUUCCUUUUAGUGUGAAUAGAGGUAGAUUAUUGUGCAGUGAAGAAGAAUCAGACAUAAGGGGUGGGAAAAUCAGAGUGGAAUUUAUUAAAGGCUAUAGAGAUAACCCUAAAAUAAAUGCUAUUUAUGUUAUGAAAGGAAAUGUUGAUGAUGUACCAAAAUUACCACCUAUACCCAGUGAGCCUGAUGUAGAUGAUUUUAAAGAUGAAGAAGAAGAAAAAAAACAAUCAAAAAGUCGAAGACCGAGUGGACCAAAAACACCAGAUCCCUAUCAAGGAGACGAUCCCACUGCAAUGCUUCCAGUCUUUGUUGUUAUAGGAGCAUUUAUUCCUAUAUUGUUUUGCUUAUGUAAACUUUGA